AAAUACAAACUACAAGAAACUCAAGAAAGAAUAACUUAGAUUCAAUUAAUCGAAAUUCAGAAGCUGAAAUUUUACUUGUACCAAUAACAAUGAUGAAUGACUCGAUUCCAUGUUCUUCCAUUAGAGCGGAAGCUUCGUCGAGCAAGGCCAAGAAGCCUGCAGGACGAAAGAAGUUUCAGGAAACUCGCCACCCGGUAUACAGAGGAGUGAGAAGGAGGAAUAAUAAUAAGUGGGUUUGCGAGCUACGUGAGCCUAGCAAACAAAAGCGAAUAUGGUUGGGAUCUUACCCGACCGCAGAAAUGGCUGCACGUGCACACGACGUUGCUGCAUUGGCGCUUAGAGGACAGCUAGCCACUCUGAAUUUUGCGGACUCCGCUUGGCGGUUGCAAGUUCCUGUAUCAACGGAUCCCAAGGAGUUACGCCAAGCGGCUGCCAGAGCUGCAGAGGCGUACGAGCAACAACAUAUCCAGUGUAAUUUCACAAGUGGGGUCUGGGGGCCAAGUGAGGAAAUUGAAGUUAAUAUUGGUGAUGAGAAAAUAAAGGGUGUAGCACCAGAAGAAAAUAUUGUAGAUUAUAAUUGCAUGCAGAAUAUGGUACUGGCUGAAGAAAAUGUUUUGUACAAUAACUCAUGUGGAGAGAUGGGAAUGUAUGGGACAAAGGAAUGGCAGGCAAACAUGGAAGAAGGAUGUUUGUUUUCACCAAAUCCAUGCUUAUUAGGGAGUCAUUUCAGCUGGGAUGAUCUGGAAAGUGAUGUUGAGGUGUCCUUGUGGAGUUAUUGAUAUCAUAUUGUAGCUAAAUCAAUUUUGUAAUUUGUUAAAACUCUUUUUCUUUUCCAAAUCUUAUUUGAAGGUUUGGGAUAUGGAUUUUGCCGCUUUUAAUAAGAAAUCUAUUGUUUAAGAAAAUUAAGAA